AUGACAUCCAACCCUCAAACAAACCCUCCAACCACAAAAGACGCCAUUCUUGAAACGGGCGCCUCGGCAACCCAAAGCUUUGCCCCGAUUAAAAGUAUCUGUGCGCAUCUGAAUGCUUUUCAUGUUUAUGCAACAGAUCCGAAGAGGAGUGUCGAGGCUAAUCAUUAUUGUACGCACUUGAGCAAGGAUGUCCGUCAAUGUCUCAUCUACGACCUCCCCAAUAAUCCUGCGAAAUUGAUUGGCGUGGAGUAUAUGAUUACACCGAAAUUAUACGAGGGUCUUGAUGCUGAGGAGAGGAAGCUGUGGCAUUCGCAUGAUUAUGAGGUCCGCAGCGGCAUGCUCAUAAUGCCCAACCCCACGAUCCCAAACCAAGUUUGGGAGAUCGCCGAAACAGAGGAGAUGAAAGAGGUGGUUGGGUUAUAUGGCAAGACGUUUCAUUUCUGGCAGGUGGAUCGCGGCGAUGAGUUGCCGCUUGGGAUGCCGCAGUUGAUGAUGAGUUUUACGGCGGACGAGCAGGUACCCUGGGAUAAAGUUAAAGAACGGGAUGAGAAGUACGGGGUUGAUACUAUGAAGAAGAGGGAGGCGAGGAAGGGGAUUGAGGCGUUUAAGGUCCAUGAGGACGCGGAUGGGUGUUGGAAGGAGGAGAGUAAGUUGAAGGAAUAA